AUGACACCGUCCCUCUUCGCAUGUCACUUCCCUGGCUGUGACCUAAGCUACCGACGCAAAGAACACUUAACCCGACAUGCGAAACGUCACUCUAAUAAUCAAUCUUCCAAAUGUCCCUUUUGUGACCGAUGGUUUGCCCGAAAUGACACUCUCCGGCACCAUGUUCGCUCCAAUCAUCAGGAUAAAGAGUUGAAAACAUCCAGGGCAACGAGAGCGUGUAACCAUUGUCGUGCGCGGAGGUCGAAAUGUGAUGGGCAAGUUCCGUGUGAUAGGUGCUUUCGACUGGCAAAGGACUGCUCCUAUCCAGAACCAUCCCAAACGCAGCGUGGCACAUUAGAUCGGGAAAUGGAAGGUUCAAGGACGCGUUUGAGUUCCAUUCCACGAUCGAAAGGAAUUGACUCUAGCCCUUGCAGAGUCGCACCUUAUAUCCAGGCAUAUUUUGAUAUUUUUCAUCCGAAAUGGCCCUUUCUGCAUCCAGUAACCUUUCAUCAUACCCCGGAACCGGCCUUUCUUUUUCAAUCGGUGACAAUGAUGGGGAUGUGGGCGGCCACGGAAAGGGGUGCACAAGAGACGGCGAAAGACCUACAUAACGAGUUGAUCUCGUGCAUAUAUGAGCAGAGUAGUAAAUGGGCCAUACCGGAGGAUCAUGAGGUAGCUGAGGACUGUCUCGAGACUCCCUCUACUGAUGCUACUCCCUGGCCACUGGCAACCUACCAAGGAAUCUUGCUGCAAAUAAUCUUCUCCAUGCUCCAAAAUCAGGAUCCAUUCAAUUUGGAACUUACUUUGGAUUUACCUGAAAUACCCUCGCGGCUUCUUCGCGCUCUCGUUCACAGCUGUCGCAAACGGAACAUGUUUUUCUACCCCUCGAUGCUAUGUCAAUUCCAACAGGGAGAAAAUCCCGAAGUGUUUGUCUGGGUCGGCGUCGAGGAAGUAAAACGCUUUGGCUUAUCUAUGUAUCGGGUGUGUCAGAGAGCUCGGCUUCAUAAUCCUGGAAAACUAGAAAACGUGCUUUGUCACAGUGACCCGGGUCCAUCACAGAUGAAUCUCUUGUCUCUGGCUGACUUGCGAUUUGCUUUGCCAGAUGAAGAUGAGCUUUGGCAUAUGACUUCGGGGCUGGCUGAUCGAUUGGCUGGGAGAUCAAUGGCUUAUGCCGGUGCUAAUACGGAAGAGUAUUGGAUUUCUCAAGCCGCGCGCCUCUUGCAGCCACAUGGUGAGCAGUUUCGCUGGAUUUGA